CAGCUUUGAGAGUUAGAGACUCUGCCAUGGGCCUCCUUGAUGGCUAUGACAGUGAUGAGUCAACAGCACCCGAGAGGAACACUAGGCGGCGAGUCGUCCGCCUUGACUACGCCAAGCUGCCUGUGUCUCGGCGCCUGGACCCUGCAGCGCGUGAAGUUCCAGCCCGAAUUGUUGAACCAGAUGCGGGGGAGCUGGAAAAGCUGGCCCAAGCCAAACAGAAGGAGGACAGCGAGUCUGAGUGCAGUGGAUCCGACUCUGAUGACACAUCAAGACCGGAGCCAGCGUCAAACUGCGAGGCUCCGGUCGGCGCGCUUCCAUUUCUCCUGCCCGCGCCAAAGGCCGAGGGGCAGGCGGCGAGCAUCGAGAUCGACUUCAAAGCCUUGGGGAAGCCAAGGGAGAAGCCUCAGGCGGCCUCGCAAGUGAAUGCAUGGCUCAUCAAGCGCCCCUUCGCGCCAACAGUCGAGGAGGAGGAGGAGGAGCAAUUCCCGGAAAGCUUGCUGAAGCACCCCAUGCUUCGGUCUCGAGCCGGGCCGACGCAGUCAGAAGUCGCUGAACUCCAGUCGCGCAAGAAGGUGGUGCACAUCAGGGCGGACAGCAUGAAGGACCCAGACUGGCAGCUGAAUAGCCUAUUGGUGGGUCAGCCUGGGCAUUUACGUGGCCACGCAGUCCCGACGGCCGUCAGCCAGUUCGAGACCGAAGAAUGGAACCAAUCCACCUUGUCCUAUCCAUCACGAUCGCAGAAGAGGAAGUCGCAGAUCAACUGGCUCGCAUCUUUGGCUGCAUGUCUGGCGGGGGCGCACACGUGGUCCUUGCCCAGUCAUAGCUAGACAGCUAGACUAAGGGUUCGUAUGGGUGAAAUAAUCUCGACUAAGGCACAAGAAGCGAUCAACAAAGAAGCAGAGCACCUGGACCGAGUUGCGCAUGGCAAGCAGUGCAAGGCGCAAACCUGGCACAAAUACGGAUGGUGACGGACA